GCUUUUUACAACGAGCUAAAACCUAGCCUGCCAACUAUGAGAAAAUAUGCUGAGGUUUUCAAACACGAGUGCCCCAUUGCCUUUGCAAAACGUGGUGACCGCAGAGAGAUGCGCGCCCAUGGGACUCGGCCGGAUCCGGAGCGUGUGUUUCCACUGCUGGCGCUGUGCUUACAAAGUCAUCUCAUCUUGGAGAAUUACUGCUGUUGUGCUUCGGUUCUUGUCGUCUCAGCUGCCCUGCCCUGCGAAGGACAGGAGCUGGAGGACGCAGAGGUGUUCCUGGACACGCUGGUGGCAGGAACCUCUGCAAUGGAUGACAGGGCAGACUCUCUCAUGACUGUGCAUCUUCUCACCAAUUUGGGACACUCAUUGCUUCUGCAGCAAACUCUGGAUCAGCUUUUGGAGUGGAUCUGCCCAGAGGUUCGGCUUUUCCUGGUGUCUGAGCGAGUUACUCCAUUGAAAUACUACGAGAGAUGUCGUAAGAGAAGCUGUGGCUUUCCUGGAAUAUCUGUUCUUCUUUUUCUACACGAGGACUUGGGAGAAACACGGAUUUUCCAGGUCCAUGAGCUCUUCCAGCAUCCACCCUGGCGCUACCAGUGCGUCCAGAUUGCUCAUGGGCGAAGCCACCCCUAUGCCCCAGCUCACCAGGACUUCUACGGCCUGGAUGACCAGAUGCCUGUGUGGGGUAUCAGGCGGGUGCAUUGUGGCCCCGAAAUCCUGCGUGUCACCCUCUACUGCAGUUUUGAUAACUAUGAGGAUGCAGUGAGACUCUACGAGAUGAUCCUACGGAAAGAAGCAACUCUGCAGAAAAGUAACUUCUGUGUCUUUGUGCUGUACGCAACCCAAAAUGUUGCCGUGCAGCUCUGCCUGAAGCAGCUGCCCGUCGGGGUGGCUGCCGAGCCGAAGGAGUCAUCAGCCUUGCAGUUCAAGGUGCAAGAAAUGGGGCAGCUGGUGCCUCUCCUGCCUAACCCCUGUAUUCCUAUCAGUAGCACCAGGUGGCAAACGCAAGACUAUGAAGGAAACACAAUUCUGCUUCAGGUCCAAGACAGCUCAAAGCCCCGUGAAACAAAUGUUGGGCUUUGCCAUCAGCAUAAUAAUGCAGGCAACGAAAAAAUCCUGCGGGACUCUGUGCCAGCCCCUCUCCCUGUAAAGUGGGGUAAUCCUGGGCAGAGAAGCCGGGAGGUGACAGCCAUGAAGGGUAAAACAAAAUCUGACCAAAGCAAAGCCCUUACUCCUGAGCAAGCUGGUGGUGACCUCCACAGGCGCUUCUGCUCUUCUCGCAGCGGCCCAGCGGCCCCGUUGCGGUGGGAUGCCACCUCCCUCUGCAGACAGGUGAGCAGCAAGUUGCAGACUUCCCUCCAGGAGAGCCGUGUUCCUGGGCAGGCAGCGGAGACCAACGUCGACACUGGGCUCACCGUGGCGAAUCCUGCGAGCGGCCGCUGCCCACUGAACCACUUCUGCAGGGACCUGCGGAGCAGCCUCCUCUGGCCGCGAGCACCCACGGACAGGGCCGGCUGUGCCCUGCCCUCCCAGGACAGGACCCAGCUGCUCUUUGCUGCAGCCAAAAGGAGCAAAGGAGCAGGGCAAUCAGCUUUGGGCUUCCACUCGCAACCACCACGAGCCAGCCCUGCAAACAGAGCAGAGGAUGAUGAGGAGGAAUUUUUUAUAUGACUGAAAACAAACCUGCCAGAUGGGCUCCUCAUUUCCAAACGAGAGCGGAGCACUUCUGUGUGUAUCGUGCCACCUCGUGCUGUGACCACUGAUGCUCAGCUUACCUCUGUGGCUGUGACAACAUUUCAGUAGUGGGUUCACCGAGGCAGACACUGACUUUCCAUGGAGCAAUGCUAAGGGGGCUGCAGGGAAAUCAGGAAAAAUAACACUGCAUUAACAGAAAGGUGUUGGGGUUUUUUUAAUGCAGGAUACAUUAGAGGCUUGUUGUGCAAUGAAUGUGAAUAAGCCAUAUGACUCCUAGAGCUGGCUAAAAAAUAGCCAGUGACAUCUUCAGGUGGGGUUAGAAGUUGGAUGAAGUGGAUGCCCCCGGAGGGCGUACUGGAACAAGGUAGUGGCAUGGUCACAGUGCUUACACAGUUGUGCCUUCCUUCUCGCUUCCCCUGUUGUUGGUAUUUAAAAGCUAUCAAUGUUGUCAAUUUUAUGCAAUAUGUGAAACAUAAGAGUAUUCUUUAAAAAAAUUUUUGAAGAAAACAACUUGUAGAGAGACCUCUUCUGCAAAUUAGCACAGUACAUGCAAAAAGCAAACACUUGCAGAGAAUAGCUUGAGCUAUGUUUCUGCUCCAGUAAGACCUGCUGUUGCCUCUUCAUCUGACACUUAAAAAAAUAAACCCAGCAACAGGCCAGGCUUUGUUAGACCAGUGUGCAGUUAUCAGCAGGCAAUCCUAAUUGGGUUUUAAUUAACAGAAGACAAGGCAAGUUAAGGGUCUUUGGAGGGAACUGCUGAAUGUUGGAGAGUAGCAAGGACAGAGAAAUGAACUAAUGUUUCAGCAACAGAUGCUGAAAUAAACUCCCAUCUUGAUCAUCGGUUUCCUUUUCUCAAGUAAGAUUCAGUAAAUCUCAAAGGGGAAGAGAUGGGAAGGGAGUGACAGAGGAAUGAAAUUGUUAAAAGAAAAGCCAAAUCUGAUCAUGCUUACCUUCCAAACAGCACAACAAAGACAUGUUUUCUCUUUAAAUAUAGCUGAAUUCUGCUUUACACAAAAGUGUGAAUUUGUUUGUAGAGUGCUUUCGCAUCGCCUCCUCUUAGUUCAUAACUCAGGUUUGACAGGCAACGGCCCCUUGCAGCCCAGGGAGAGGUGGGGGGCGAUGGGCAGCAGCAGAGCUUCCCUGUGGGGGGGGUUCUGCACAAUUUCAUGGGUGUCCAGUGCUUGCACAUGUGCUGGCUGAACACAGCCCACGCGGCACUGCCGCAGCGGCGGCACCUGGGGAAGUCCAAACCCACCCCUCUGCAGCCUGGUUGGUGGGUUCUGCAGCCUGGUGGGGUCUGCAGCCUGGUGGGGCUAGGGAGCGGUGCCAUCACUGGGUGUUAGCUCAGGCUUCGGCAAAGCCCAGUUUUUUGGGAAAGUCUGAAGGUGCAGCUGAGUUGGCUGGAAGAGCUGCAGGCGGGAAUAGGGCAGCCCCUGCUCUGUGCCUCCGCGCCCUCACAGCCAGUGUUGCCCUGGAAGUGAUGCUCACGUACCCUCUGGUUCAGGGACCUAAACCUGCAGAAAGCUGAACAGGACACUUAUUUCACUGGACACUUACAACGCCCCCUGCUCCAUGUUUUCAUAAGCUCUGUAAAACUUUGGAAUUUUUAA